AUGUCCUCCACAGCUCCCCCUCUUCUCCGUCUAGUCGUUGCGAAUGCAACAAAAGCCAAAAAAUCCAAGACCCGCAGCGUUCAACCGCCCCUCUUGAAAACGGGCAAAUGUGACUGCACCCUCCAGGUCUCCUGCCAUGUCAAACCCAACGCCUCAAGAGAUGGAAUCGUUGCUGUUGGUCCGGAACAGGUGGAUGUAUGCGUCUCCGCAGUUCCAAGAGACGGGGAGUCGAAUGCGGCUGUUUCGAAGGUCUUCGCUGAGGCAUUCAACGUACCGAAGUCAAAUGUGGAGAUAAUCCGAGGUGGGAAAAGCCGGGACAAAACACUUUCUAUUUCCGGGCUGGAGGUCGAUGCUGGGGACAUCCAUGAUGGAGAGGGGGAGAAGAGGGUAUUGGGGAGAAUGAGGGAGGUCCUUGAACGGGCUUCAAUGAACAGUGAUCGGAGUGGGAGGGAGAGAUGA